AUGUGCGACGCGAUCCUCGCGACGGCGGCCGCGGCGUUUGGGGAAGCCGCCCCCCCUGCCCCCCCCAAGGGCUGCGCCGAUGAGCCGGAUCCCAAGGGCUUGGUGGCCCGGGCCGGCGUCCACGAGUGGCGUCCUUGCGGGCAGGGCGCGGAGCGGGUGCAGAAUGGGGGUGAGUGCGGGAAGAGGGGGGUCAGGAAGGCGGCACCCGCCAGGCCGCCUUCCAUCCAGCUCCCGAGGGCGAUGAGCACGCCCGAGCUGGAAUCGCCCAACGGCCCGCUGGAGCUGUGUGCCCGAGAGGACGAGGGCGAGGAUGCGAUCGCGGGCAUCGGGCAGGGGAUGCCGACGGAGAAGCCCGCGUGGGACAUGGACACGAUGAAGCGGGCGGUGGCGGGCGCCAGGACGGGGGCAGGGGAGGUGGCCCGCGUGGUAGAGACCUGCACGUUCAAGCCGCGCGAGCAGGCGUUCACCGCGCUGAUCAACAUGUGCGGCCAGGCGCGCGACUGGCGCAAGGCGGUGGAGGUGUUCGAGGCGAUGAAGGCGGCACGCGGCGUGCGGCCCAACACGUACACCUACUCAGCGCUCAUCGCGGCGUGCAGCAACGCGGGCGAGUGGCAGCGCGCCCUGGAGUUCUUUGAGGUGAUGAAGGCGGCCGCGGUGGGGGAUCCGGGGUGCGCGCCCAACGAGGUGACCUACAGCGCGCUCAUCACCGCCUGCGAGCGGGGGGGAGUCUUUGGCAAGGCCCUGGAGGCCUACGACGCCAUGUUGGCCGCAGGCAUACCCGGCGACCACAUCUCCUUCAGCUCCGCGCUGUCCGCCUGCGAGAAGAGCGGCAACAUGGACCGCGCCAAGGAGAUCCUCCAGGAGAUGCACAAACGGGGCUUCGUGGCCAGCCUGGGGAUCUACAAGGAGAUCAUGCUGGACUACGCGGAGAACGGUGACUGGGACAGGGCGCUGGACAUGUGCCUGACGAUGCAGAUGGUGGGGCAGGACCCCAGCGAGGGCGCCCGCAAGCGCCGCGGGAAGAAGAAGCCCUCGCAGCCGGCGCCGGCGCCCCAGGCCGAGCACCAGCCUCAGGGGUCCCCGCAGCACGCCGGCGUUUUGAUCCCAAGGCCCAGUCCGGCCGAGAGGGAAAGCUCAGGCACGAAGUCGCCGAUCGCCAAGCCUGCGUGGGACAUGGAGACCCUGAAGCGUGCCAUCGUGCUGGCCAGGCUGGGCACGGGGGAGGUUCGCCGCGUGAUCGAGGGCUGCCAGUUCAAGCCGCGCGAGCAGGCCUUCACGGCGCUGAUCAACCUGUGCGGCCGGCUGCGCGACUGGAAGAAGGCGGUGGAGGUGUUUGAGGCGAUGAAGGCGGCGCGCGGCGUGCGGCCUAACACGUACACCUACUCGGCGCUCAUCGCGGCGUGCUCCAGCGCGGGCGAGUGGCAGAAGGCGCUGGAGGUCUUCGAGGCGAUGAAGGCGGCCGCGCGGGGCGACGCCAACUGCAGGCCCAACGAGGUGACGUACAGCGCGCUGAUAACGGCCUGCCAGAGGGGGGGCAUGUUCGACAGGGCCCUGGAGCUGUACGACGAGACGAUCAGGGCGGGCGUGGCCCCAGACCAGAUCACCUUUAGCUCGGCGCUGGCGGCCUGCGAGAAGAGUGAGCGGUGGGACAAGGCGGGGCGCAUCCUGGAGGACAUGCACGCCAGGGGGCUCACGGGUAGCCCCAACGUCUACUGCGAGCUCAUCCACAGCCACGCAGAUAACGGGGAGUGGAGAUCCGCCCUGGAUGUUUUCAUGGCCAUGCAGAGGGCGGGCGCCCAGCCGGAUGCCAACACUUGCAAGGCGCUGAUGAAGGCCCUAGAGAGGGGGCCGCAGCCGGAGUUGGCGCUGGAGCUGUACAACUCGAUGCGGCAGUCUGCGAUCCCCAUAGACACGGACGUGUACAGUAUGGCGGUGAGGGCUGCUGUGCAGGUGGAUGCCAAGCGGGCUGGUGGUGGGAUGGUGGCCAGCGCCCCCACCCAUGUUGUGCAGGUGGGGAUGAGCUAUCCCCAGCAGCUCCACCUGCCGAGCUUGGCGCCCAGGCAGCUGCAAGUGGCAUCAGCUCCCAAGCUUGAAGGACCACACAUGGGCUUGGGUGUCCCUCAGUUUGAGCAGAAGCGGGGUGGCAGCUCAGGGUUUGCCCUUGGUCAAGCACUGCAGCCAGGCGGCCUGCCCUUUGCGCCCUUGCAUUUGCAAUAUGGCUUGGAUCUGGGGCAGCAGCAGGCGUACAGCAAGAUGAGCUACGUUGCGAGAAUGGCAAACCUGUCUCUGCGUCACCAAUGA